AUGAAGCGGCGAGAAUUCCAAUACAGCACAUACGAUCAGUCGCCUUGGAUCAACCGCCGUAUUCUCGACGGACUUACCGAACGAGAAUUACACCUAGCAUGUCGCCACAUCCUGUUAGACUCUAAGCCGUCCCAUCAUGGCCUGAGGAGCAAAAGCUCUGAGCUUGACUUUGGUGGGCUUGGCCGACAGAAGAAGAGCACUGUACAAGCCCCCGAGAUAAGCGUACACAUGCCCAUCAGCGCGCUCGCAGAACUGUCGUCAAGUUCCUUGAUCGGCGGACGAGGACCCAACAUCAAGACACGAACUCGACCGAAAGCAAACAUGAAGGCAAGAGCAAGGAGCUAUAGAGGAGCCCCUGCAUGCGCGGAUAGUAAUGGCAAGCGAGCCGCUUUCAGACGACUUGAUGAACGGGGCGCUCAGAAGCAGGGGAAGUUAAGAACGCACGACAAGGUUCCCAGCUAUGUACCGCAGUGGACUAACGACUGCGGCCAAGACGUUACGCUACCCGUAGUAGUCAUUUCAUCCCUCACGAACGCCAAUAUGUCGUCAUCACGACCGGCUGGUCUUCUAAUAGAGAAGGAGAAUGUCGAAAAGGAUGUCUCAGUGCAGGAACGCAGCACAGGUGCAUCACCUGUGGCACGCUAUAUAUCUCGUUUGUUUGUUAUAGUCUAG